AUGGCUGCUUCAGCUGAAUAUGUGAAGCACAUCGAGUCGUAUGUUGACUCGUCCAGCUCUGCGACUCAGCAGGCUGCAAGUGUAGAUGCAAUUGCUGCUCUCUUGAAGAAUGACAUGCUAACUGUAGAAGCACUGGUUAAAGAGAUGGAGAUGUAUUUGACCACUACAGAUAGCAUCAUUCGCGCUAGAGGUAUCCUCCUCCUCGGAGAAUUAUUGACAAAAUUAGCAUCAAAGCUUUUGGACAAUGCUACUAUACAUAGCUUAAUAGGAUUCUUCACAGAAAGGCUGGCAGAUUGGAGAGCUUUGCGUGGUGCCCUUGUCGGUUGCUUGGCCUUAAUGAGGAGGAAAAGUAAUGUUGGUAGUGUUACUGACAGUGAAGCAAGAGCAGUUGCCCAAUCUUUAUUGGAAAACCUGCAAGCACAAUCGUUAGGACAGCAUGAUAGGAAGCUAUGCUUUGAACUUGUUGAAUGCCUUCUAGAUGACUACCCUGAUGCAGUUGUGGCAAUGGGUGAUUACCUUGUCUAUGGAGUCUGUGAAUCUAUUGAUGGAGAAAAGGAUCCUCAAUGCUUAAGGCUCACAUUUCAUAUUGUGGAAGAUCUGGCACUGUUAUUUCCAGAUCCGUCUGGCCCGCUAGCAAGUUUUGCUGAAGGACUUUUUGAAAUUUUGGGCUGUUACUUUCCUAUCCAUUUUACACAUCCAAAAGGUGAAGAUGUUGACGUGAAGAGGGAAGAGCUCUCAAGGGCACUAAUGUUGGCGUUUGCUGCUACACCUCUCUUUGAGCCGUUUGCCAUUCCGUUACUUCUUGAAAAACUUUCAUCUUCUCUGCCAUCAGCGAAGGUUGAAUCUUUGAAGUAUCUUAGCUAUUGCGCAGUUAAGUACGGAUCAGACAGAAUGGCGAAACAUGUUGAAGCUCUUUGGUCUUCAUUAAAAGAUGCUACUCUUAUUUCAGCACAGGCUUCUUUGCCCUUGGAAUCAGAAUCACUGGAUGGUAUGGGCUUUCAGGAGAAUGAAAUUGUGACAGAAGCCCUCAGACUUCUGGAAAAGCUUAUUCAACAAAGCAAUGGCUUGUUCUUAAGUUUUGUUCUUGGUGAUGAAGAUAUAAAGUCAGCUAUAAUCACCAUUACUAGUUUCAAUGGCUAUGAUGAUAUUCCCUUGCAAAGCAAACAGAGGCUACAUGCAAUAGGUUGUAUCUUAUCUGUUUCUUCCAAAGCUUCCAUUGGUUCGUGCAAUAGCGUGUUCGAAAGUUUCUUUCCACACCUAAUGGAAGCUUUGGGGCUUUCAGUUCAAAAUUCGUCUUGGAAUGGCCAUCCAGAUGAACCUCAUGUAUUUACUGCAAACCUAAAUUUUGGAUCUCUGUAUCUCUCUGUUGAAAUCCUAGCUGCGUGCAGAUAUUUGGUUGUGGGCUCAGAUGAGCUUAACUCUCUUCCUGUUUCUUCUCAUGAGACAUGGUGCAGUAUGCUUCAUAGCUUUUGUAGUUCAUUGACCGAGGUUUUCUGUUCUACCUUUCUGACAAGCAUGAAUGCAAGAACUCAAAAAGCUUAUAUUCAAUGCGGAGUGAAGGGUUUGCAGAUUUUAGCCACAUUUCCUGAAAGCUUCUCACCAGUGCCAAAAUCCAUAUUUGAGAAUAUUUUGCUGCAGUUGAUGUCAAUCAUCCUUUCGGAUUUUAACAGGACAUUGUUGUGGAAAUUGGCACUGAAAUCAUUGGGGGAGAUCGGCUCAUUUAUUAAUAAAUAUCAUGAGUCUGAGAAGGCAUUAAUCUUCGAGGUUACUGUCAUAGAGAAGACUGCUUCAAUGAUUUCUUGUGAAGAUUCUAUGAUGCCUUUCUCACUGAAAAUGGAAGUGGCUACCUGUAUUGGUAUGACUGGGUUGCCUUUUAUGCUGAGAAUUGUUGAAGUCAUGGACAAGGCGAUAUCUGCCAAUUUGUCUGAGGUCUAUGCCCAUGGAAAUUUGAAGUCAGCUGAAUUUACAAUUCAGCUUUUGGAGUGUUACUGUAAUAAGUUGUUUCCCUGGUUUGAUAAUGCUGGAGGUUUUGAGGAAGUACCAUUGCAUUUCACAGUUAAUCUUUGGAACCAAAUUGAAAAUAGCAAUUCUUGUAGCAGUGGAUUUCAGGACAAAAAACUUCUUGGUGCAAUAAUGGCGGCAAUGAAGUAUGCUGUUGGAUGUUGUAUGGAAGAAAGUCAGACCAUAAUUGUCCAGAAAGCUUUCAGGGUACUUACUUCAAGCUCCUGUUUCCAGUUGGAGUCUCUGUUGGGUGUUACUGGGGACCUACUUGAAGGGUUACGACUUACUCAUGAUUUAGACUGUGUUUCAUGUAGAGAUGAAUGGAUUAUUUCAUUAUUUGCAUCAGUUGUUAUAGCACUUUGUCCUGAGACGGACAUUCCACAUGCUAAAGUGAUAUUGCAGUUAUUCUUGACAACCCUCCUCAAAGGUCAUGUUCCAUCAGCUCACGCAUUGGGUUCUUUGGUUAACAAACUGCCUCUAAAAAUAAAUGGAACAGAUAUUUCAAAAGAUUGUAGUUUAGAAGAAUCAAUGGAUCUGAUCUUUAACAGUAGUUUAUGGGGUUCAUGUGAUAAUGGUUCUUUAAGGAGCUGCUUGGGUGAUGGCAGUGAGAUGGAUCUUAGUAGAUUAAGGUUAAGCAGUGUAAACACUCGGGUGCACGCUAUCAUUGGAUUAGCAUGGAUGGGGAAAGGUUUGCUUAUGCGGGGUCAUGAAAAGGUAAAAGACAUAAUUAUGACUUUUUUGAGUUGCAUAAUGUCCCAUGGAAAUAUUUUGACCUUUCCAUGGAAGCAUGAUCCACUAGAGAACAGUAAAGAGCAGGAAGUGCUCCCUCUGAUGAAGUAUGCAGCAGAUGCAUUCCAAAUUCUAAUGAGUGAUUCUGAAGCUUGUUUGAACAGAGGAUUUCAUGCAACAAUACGGCCACUUUAUAAGCAACGCUUUUUCAAUACCAUGAUGCCCAUUCUACUAUCUGCAAUAGUGAGAUCUAAUUCAUCAAUUUCAAGGAGAAAGGGUUUCUGCUAUGCAUUUCUAUUUGGUGCUUUGCACACUGAAGCUUGA